CUGGGCUCCGGGUCGGGCUGCGGCUCGCGGCUGCGGCUGCUGCUGCUGCACGUUCAGCUGCUGAGGGAAGGAGGCCGAGGCCUGGGCCCAGCCCGGAGCCGCCGCUCGCCGGAGCCCCCUGGAGCCCUCGCGCCGCCUCAGCUUGGGGGCGGGCUCAGGCCCGGCCCGCCGCCAAGCCCAGGAGCGAGGCUGCAUGCCCGAAGACCAGGCCGGCGCAGCCAUGGAGGAGGCAUCUCCUUAUUCCUUACUUGAUAUCUGCUUGAAUUUCCUGACUACUCACCUGGAGAAGUUCUGCUUAGCAAGACAUGAUGGAACCUUGUGUCUGCAGGAACCUGGAGUAUUUCCUCAGGAGGUGGCUGAUCGACUGCUGAAGACCAUGGCUUUUCAUGGUCUGCUGAAUGAUGGAACUGUAGGUAUUUUUAGGGGCAACCAGAUGCGCUUAAAGCGAGCUUGCAUUCGCAAAGCCAAGAUCUCUGCUGUUGCUUUCCGGAAAGCCUUCUGCCAUCACAAGUUAGUAGAACUUGAUGCCACAGGUGUGAAUGCUGACAUCACGAUUACAGACAUCAUUAGUGGGCUUGGCAGUAACAAAUGGAUCCAACAAAAUCUCCAGUGCUUAGUGCUGAACUCAUUAACUCUCUCUCUUGAAGAUCCUUAUGAGCGGUGCUUCAGUCGGCUCUCUGGCCUUCGAGCAUUAAGCAUCACCAAUGUUCUCUUUUACAAUGAAGACCUGGCUGAAGUUGCCUCGUUGCCAAGAUUAGAGAGCCUGGAUAUUUCUAACACCUCAGUCACAGACAUCACUGCUCUGCUGGCAUGUAAAGAUCGACUCAAGUCCCUAACCAUGCACCACUUGAAAUGUUUAAAAAUGACAACUACCCAGAUACUGGAUGUUGUUCGGGAACUCAGACAUCUGAAUCAUCUUGAUAUUUCGGAUGAUAAACAGUUUACAUCGGACAUAGCUCUUCGCUUACUAGAACAAAAGGACAUCCUACCCAACCUUGUCUCCCUGGAUGUUUCUGGGAGAAAGCAUGUGACAGAUAAAGCUGUUGAAGCCUUUAUACAACAGCGCCCCAGCAUGCAGUUUGUUGGUUUGCUGGCCACUGAUGCUGGUUACUCUGAGUUUCUCACAGGCGAAGGACUUUUAAAGGUGUCUGGAGAAGCCAAUGAAAUUCAAAUUGCAGAAGCACUGAAGCGGUACAGUGAACGGGCAUUCUUUGUUCGGGAAGCUCUUUUCCACCUUUUUAGCCUGACUCAUGUAAUGGAAAAAACAAAACCAGAAAUUUUAAAGCUUGUAGUUACUGGGAUGAGAAAUCAUCCUAUGAACUUGCCGGUGCAAUUGGCUGCAAGUGCUUGUGUGUUUAACUUAACCAAACAGGAUCUUGCUGCAGGAAUGCCUGUCAGACUCCUAGCUGAUGUGACCCAUUUACUGCUCAAAGCCAUGGAACAUUUCCCCAACCAUCAGCAGUUACAGAAGAAUUGCCUUCUUUCACUUUGCAGCGACCGGAUUCUUCAAGAUGUUCCAUUUAACAGGUUUGAAGCAGCCAAGCUUGUCAUGCAGUGGCUCUGCAACCAUGAAGAUCAAAACAUGCAAAGGAUGGCGGUUGCUAUUAUUUCCAUCCUGGCUGCUAAGCUUUCUACAGAACAGACAGCACAGCUUGGUGCUGAACUCUUCAUUGUCAGACAACUUCUUCAAAUAGUAAAACAAAAAACCAAUCAAAAUUCAGUGGACACUACUUUGAAGUUUACUUUGAGUGCACUUUGGAACCUCACAGAUGAAUCUCCAACUACUUGCAGACACUUUAUUGAAAACCAAGGGUUAGAACUCUUCAUGAGGGUUCUAGAGUCUUUCCCAACUGAGUCAUCCAUUCAACAGAAAGUCCUAGGACUUUUGAAUAAUAUAGCAGAAGUCCAAGAACUACAUUCAGAAUUGAUGUGGAAGGAUUUUAUAGACCAUAUCAGUAGCCUCCUACAUAGUGUUGAAGUGGAAGUCAGUUACUUUGCAGCAGGAAUUAUUGCCCAUCUAAUAUCUAGGGGUGAACAAGCUUGGACAUUAAGUCGUAGCCAGAGGAAUUCUCUUCUGGAUGAUCUGCAUUCAGCUAUUUUGAAAUGGCCAACUCCAGAGUGUGAAAUGGUCGCAUACAGGUCUUUUAACCCGUUUUUCCCAUUACUUGGCUGUUUCGCCACACCAGGAGUUCAGCUGUGGGCAGUUUGGGCCAUGCAACAUGUCUGCAGCAAGAAUCCCUCAAGAUACUGCAGCAUGCUGAUUGAGGAAGGAGGAUUACAGCAUUUAUACAGCAUCAAAGAACACAAAGAGACUGAUCCCCAUGUCCAGCAGAUUGCUGUGGCCAUUCUGGACAGCUUGGAGAAACACAUCGUACGCCAUGGAAGACCACCUCCCUCUAAAAAGCAGUCCCAAGCCAGACUAAAUUGAUAACACUAGGAAGCCAGAUGAUCAAAUUGCAGGAACCUUUUUUUGUGAUAGGUUCCCUUGGACUAUCUUGCCCUACAUGAAGUUUGGAGUGUUUCUCUAACAAGACUUAGAAGAUCAGUUUGGAAUUGCUGAUGUCCAGUAACGUCCAUGCAAAACAGUCUCUAAUUUGUCUGGUGAUUUUUAACGUAAAAGACAAGAUGGAUUUCUUCCUUCAUCAUUGCCUUUUAGGAAAAGUUUCAGAUGUUUCAGUAUUUGAGAUUACCUGUGUUUGAAAUUCUAGUUUCAUUGUAAACUCUUAGGCCAGACUUUUCUGAUCUCAAAGUUCAUUCCAAUCAGUUUGUAGCUCCAGAUAAGCUGUUAGUUGACCUGAUUUCUAGUAUUGCCUCAGGUGUGAGUUUCAUACCACUUCUUUAAUAGAAUGCCUUUAUUCCCAGUCUGAAUCUUUUACAAGAUGUUCUUCUUGGCAUGCAAGAAUGAAAAUCUGAGUUCUCUCCUUCUGAAAGCUACUCUCUGGAUAGAACCUAAGUGGGUCACAGAAAAGGGUCUUGGAAAGAAGACAUAUUCAUGGAGAACAGAAUUUAAAACUGGGAGGUUACAUUUGUGGUAUGAUUUGUAAAUGGGGACGUUCUAACUAGCCAUCUGGAGUCCACCUCUUUGAGACAGUGAGCAAUGAAUUGUUCAUACUUAUUCCUGGAAGCAAGAUACUGCUUCCUACACAGAUGCUGGUGACUCUCUAGAAGUACUUCAGGCAUCACAGUGUAAAAUAGUAUAGCAUUCUGUGUUAUAUUGUUGUGAAAAAUGUGAAGUUUUAAAAAAUUGUAUUGUUAAAAUGAACCAUUCUUUUCCCUCCAUUUCAAAGUCAUUUUUUCAUCAAUUGAAAAGGCACUAUACAUGGUGUUACCUGCUCAGUACAAUUAGCAAUAGUGAAUUUUGACACCGGAAGUUAAUUUUUUGUCCUAAAAUAAAUGUACCGUAAUAUUUUCAUAUUGUACAAAUAUGUCAACGUUUCACUGCCAAAAAUGAAAGACCUGAAUUAGACUAUUAUUAAAUGUAAAUGACUGAUUGCAUAAAAGGAAAUAUUUUUGAUGGGUUAUUUUGUAGAUAAUUGCCUUUUAUUUAGGAUACCUGUUAUAAUAUGGUAAAGAAUAAUGACCAUUCUAUCAGUUUUGGCAGUUGGAGGCAGCAAGUCACCUAAAAACUAAAUUUUCAUCAUAAAAUUUAGUUACAAGUUUAAUCAGUAAUAUCAGAUGACUUUUUUUUUUUUCAUAAACAGCCAACAUGUUUCCAAUAGAGAUUUUAAAUUGUAUGUUUAAAUAAUUGUGACAAUUGAAAAACAUGUAUAUUUAGAAAGAACCUGGCACAUUAGUUUAUUGAUAACAUUUUUGACAUAUAAUUUUCAUACCACCAUUUUGAUAAUCAAAUUUGAAGUAUUUGGAGCCCUUUUGCAGGUAUGAAAAUAUUAAAAUGUUAAAAGGAAACGUAUUUAGAACCAUUAAAGAACAUAUGAAAUUGUAGGCCAGUUCUGAUUUAAAUCUUUUAGGAAAAAAAGUUCUUGUUUUUGUUUUUUGGGUCACACCCAGCACAUUGCUCAUGAACUGUUCUAGGCCCAGUGCUCAAGGUUGCUCUAGGUGAUACCGGGGAUCAAAUGUGGUCUUCCACAUGCAAAGCAUAUUCUCUAGCCCUUUCAGUAACUCCAUGGCCCCAGUUUUAUAAUUUUUUUUUCAGUUUUAUAAUUUUUUAUAGGUGGAAUAUAAGUUCUCACAGAUUAAGUCCAUUUCAAAGGAAAUGAAAAAUGCAUUUAAAUUUUCCCUAUUUUUCUCUGAUUUUCUUCUUUGUUUUACAUGUAAGCCAGACCUGGCAGUGCUGUGAGUAUGACAGUACUGGGAUCAAACCCUUGCCCCCUGCAUGCAAAGUAUGUGCUUAGCCCAUUGGGAUAUCUCUGUGCCCCCUAUUUUCUUGAAUUUUAAUAUCUAGGACAAAUGUAGAAAAUAGAAUAGUCUAUGAUAGCUUGGAAGUUCCUAGUUAUGCUGACCAUUUUCUUUUUGUUUUGUUUUGGGCCAUAUCCAGCAAUGCUCAGGGGUUACUCCUAGCUUUGCCUUCAGGAAUUACUCCUGGAAGUGCUCAGGAAAUCAUAUGGGAUGCCGGGGAUCAAAACCCAGUCAGCUACAUGCAAUGCCCUACCCUCUGUACAAUCUCUUCACCCCUCAUUUUCUCAUCUCCAACUUACGUUGUAGAAGAGAAAACAAUUUGAGAAAUUUAGCUUCAAGUUUCUGUUUUAUCUUGUUUGAGACAAAAGUGUGUUGACUAAUCCUAAAUUUUUGUCUUUACAGAUUUUCAGGAAUAACUCAAAAUGCAUAGAUAAUAAUAAAUUCCUUCAUUAUUCAGAAUAAUGUUCAUGGAGGAUUUUAACAUAUUUAAAUUAAAUUUUAAAAUAUUUUAGAUUAAAAUUAAAUUUACUACUUGGAACAUUGGUAAUGGCCAGAUAUUUCUCAGUCAUAAAAGCAAAAUAAUCGCUGAAAUGCAGUUCAGCAGUUGAAUGCUUUUCUUGCAUGUGUGAGGCUCAGCAUUCUAACUCUAGCACCACAAAAAAAAUGUAAAAGAAAGAUAUUUGGCCAAUCUCUGUAUAAAAAUCAGUUGCAGGACAUAGAAAGUAUAGUACAGUAGGUAAGGGCAUUUGCAUUGCACAUGGCUGAGCCAGGUUUGAUCCUCAGCAUUCCAUUUGGUCCCCUAAGCCCAUCAGAAGUUGUGUAAAACACAAGAAAAGAAAAAAGGAACGCGUGGGCGAGGGAAGGCACGGAGCCAAGAUGGUUGGUCUCACCACAGUUUAUUCCAAACUCUUUCUCCAUUCUCCUCUGAUUCUCCUCCUGCUUCUUCCUCUCUCAUCUUACUUCAUUCUCUCUCUGCCUCUCUGGAACUCGCCCCAGCCCCCUCAUACAGCUACCUUAAAUCCCCCACAUCCGCUCCAGAUGUGCAGGCAGGCCGGGGCUAACACAAUAGGUGUGGUUACAGUCAAUAGGGGUAAAGUUCUAUCCCUUAGGGCAUGCUUUCACCAGGACAGAAUCUCUCUCAUCGGCCCUAGAGGGGAAUCCCAUGGGUGUGUUUCUCCUUUCUUUGUCUGACUAGCAUAUAAGUAUUCAUAUUAUAAAUCAUUUUGUAUGGACAUAGCAAGAGACACAUUAAGCUUAUAGAAUUGCUCUCCUGGGGUCACCUCGAUCUCAGACUACAGCUCUCAGGCCAGAUUAGUCUUUCCUACCCCUGGCAGGGCCCUGGUCUCCUGUUGCUGCUUUUGGAUCAUGACAUGACAGCCCAUGACCAAGCUUUUAACAUAUAGUUAAGCAUUAAGCGCUUUGGCCAGGCCCAUCUCAAUGCCAGGGUAGCCCAUGACUCACCGCUUGCCCUGGGUCCAUCUCGUCCCCCGUUGGGACCCUGCUUUUGAGGGUGCUAAGAAGUAAGGCCAGCUGAGGCUUAAGUCAAGAAAGCAGGUGCCGGGAAUGAAUAAUAUUUGAAGCCAAUUAAAUCCCAUGUUACCAAAGCAUAUUAAUAAAUGUCUUUCUUUGUCCAUACAAAAAGGAUAUUGUUUUAAGGUAAACUAUUCAAAAGACAUAAGAGAGGAGAAAGACAAUAUUAACUUACAAGUACACUUGUCCUAGCAAGGUCUGACCUUACAACUUAACAGUUUGAUUAGAGGAAGAGCAGAUAAACUGGUGGAAAUGGUUACAGAUAAACAAAGGAAUGGGAGUGACUCGGGAGCACUUUGAUGGGCGUGACUAAUAUACCUAAGCUCCUAGCGGCAAGGGGAGAAAGGACGAACCAAAGUCAGGUCUAACAUAUUUAGAGCUAUAUUCCAACAAGAAGUGAUCCCUGAAUACUACUGGGUGUGGCCUAAAAAGAAAAGAAUCAGUUAGCAGGCCAGAGAGGUUGAACAGUGAGUUGAGGUGCUUGCCCUGUACGAAGCCAACUGAGGUCUUUCCCAUCGCCAUAUAUAGUCCCUUGGUCCUGCUGGAGUCACUCUGCUGGUUGUGGCCCAAAUUUCCUCCCCCCAAAAGAAAAAGAAAAGAGAGAAUCAAUUCAGUGCUUGUUUUGCAGCACAUAUACUAAAAUUGGAACAAGACAAGAUUAACAUGGUCUCCGCAAGGAUGACAUGCAAAUUCAUGAUCAUUCCAUAUUAAAAAAUAAUAAUUAGGCCUCUCUUUUGUGUUUGUAUUCUAGAACGUAACACUAGUUGGUACCUUUACGGGUAUCCUCUUCAGUGGCUUUAGAGGUGCUGUUUAAAGUGUAAUUUAGGUUAAAUCACUUACUACUCAAAUUGUUGGUGUGUGCAGACAUUGUAAAAUAUUAUUUUAUUUGCCCAGAAGCAAUGGCAAGAUUUACAUUCAUUGAAGGAAAAGGAAUUAGAGCUUUUAGAUUGUGAUAAUUGUCAUAAUUUAGUGAAAUAAGAACAGUUUGAAAUUAAAGCAAAAUAAUUAAACCUCCUUAUUCUUUACAUGAAAUAAAUUUUGAUGUGGUUUUUAUACCCUGUUAGCAAUUACUUUUGGGUGGGGGGUAGUGCUGGAGUGAUAGUAUGGCAUUUAGGGCUCUUGCCUUUCAUGUAGCCAACCCAGGUUUGAUCCCCAGUGUCCUAUAUGGUUCCCCCAAGCAUGCCAGGAGUAAUUCCUGAGUGCAGAGCCAGGCAUAGCCCCUGAGCCUUGCUGGGUGUAAUUCCCCAAAACAAAAACAAAGCAACUACUUUUUAAUAAAAAAAACGAACCCAACAACGUAAGUUGUAAUAAGGGGUUAAUUUGCCCUCUAGCCUAGGACCAUCUUAGUGGAAGAUAUAAAAAGUCCUAUGAGACUCAGUUCCAAAAAUUGAUCUUAAAUAUUGCUGCUCCUUAUCCCUGGACGGAAAUGGCAUUCAGUGACACUAGUCAGUUUGAGUGAAUUACCAUCAUCCCGUUGCUCAUCGAUUUGCUUGAGCAGGCACCAGUAAUGUCUCCAUUGUGAGACUUGUUACUGUUUUUAGCAUAUCAAAUAUGCCAUGGGUAGCUUGCCAGGCUCUGCCAUGCAGGCGAGAUACUCUCGGUAGCUUGCCGAGCUCUCCGUGAGGGGCGGAGGAAUUGAAUCUGGGUCGGCCGUGUGCAAGGCAAACGCCCAACCUACUGUGCUAUCACUCCAGCCGGGUGCACAUAAGUCACCCCAAGGCUGCUAUGAAAAUCUAAUUUUAUGAUUUUUUUUUUAAUCUAUAAAUUUCCAAAGUAUAGAAGAUUCUUUGUUUAUUUGUUGAUUUUUUUUUGGCUUUUGGGCCACAUAGGCCAUGCUCAGGAUCUGUUCUUGGCUCUUUGCCCAGGAUCACUCUUGCAGUGCUCAGGGAAACAUGCAGUGUUGGAGAUCAGCCCCUGAGCCUGCUGCAUGCACAGUAUGUGGCCCAAACCAUUGAACUGUUUCUGGCCCCCAAAGAGCCAUAUUUAGAAACAUCAGUCCUCUGUACCCAGCCUAAAAAUUGCUCUUACUAAUGGAACUUUUACUUUUUAAGUGACCUAAAGAAUUUUAUUUAGGAAAUAUGAGAGAGGAGGGAGAGAGUUUCGUAAAUAAAAGGAAGAGAAAUCACACACCUCAGGCUGCCUGCGAGCAACUCCAGAAUGGAGUGCCACUAAUGGAACUUUUCAUGUUGACCUCUUUUCUUACCAUCAUACCAAUUUUAUUGUAUUUUUUAUUUUAUUUUGGGCCAUACCUGUUGAUCCUUGAGGACUACUCCUGGCUCAGUGCUUGGAAGACCAUGAGGUGCCAGGGGUCAAACCAGGCCUUCAGCAUGCAGAAGCAUGCUCUCAGGAACCCACUGAGCUUUCAAUGAAUCCUGGAGAACAUUUUAUGAAAAUACAUUUGUAUGCUGAAGUAGGGUACAUUAAGGUUUUGUUCCCUCUGGAGAAGCCCAUGUUCUCUCUUGAACACGUAGCUCUCUCUCUCUCUCUCUCUUUCUCUCUCACUCCCCUCACGUUUCUCUAAGUAAAUUUCUUUAAAUAAUACUAUUUGCUUCACUAAAACAAUUUGUUUAAAAUUAGGGUAUAUUAGACAGUAUGGUUUUGACUUAGUGUUCUAAGAACAAUGUACUGCCAUGCCCAAGGCUGAACAGCAAGGAAAACAAAUUCAUUGUUUUAUGUGUUAAAACCCACGUCUUUUCUGCCCUUUCAUGGUAUGUUUACAUUAAUUGGUUAUUGUGCAACUUUGUGUAUAUAUGCGUGUGUGUGUAUGUGUGUGUGUGUGUGUGUGUGUGUGUGUGUUGAAAAUCCAAUCCAGGGCCUCAAUGCAACUUGAAGCAUGGCUCUGCCACUGACUACAUCCCCAGCCUCGUGCAACUUUUCUUUGGGGUAAACAGUAUUAUUAAACUGAAAGUGUAAUUUAAAAGCAGUAUCAUAAACUGUGAUUUGAUGUGAACAAUUUUUAUAUAUAUAUAUGUUAUUUGGGGGCUUUAUAUGGCUAGAACUUCAGAGUAAGUUCUGUAACUAUAUUUGAUCAAUGAUUGACCACUUAAUGAUCAUAGUCCCUCUCUCUCUAGCCUAAGUGUGUAGUAGGCUAUAUCAUCUAGGUUUGUAUAAGUACACUCUUUAAUGUUCACACAACACAAUUGCCUCAUGAUGCAUUUCUCAGAACUUAUCCCCAUUAUUAAGCAACGUUUGACUAGUGUUCUGAGACUGCUUACGAAGAGGAUUGCCAGCUUAUGGUUUCCCUCUCAACUACAUUGUAGCAGGUUCAGGUGAUUGUGUGGAUACUGGAAUUUUAAUUUUACCAUUUGCUCUGUAUUGACACACUUCAAAUUUUUAGUAUUAACUCAAGAACUUUUAGGAAUACAGCAAAUCCAGCUUUCAUCCAGUGAUGAGAAUAGUUAUAGGAAUAUUUGCUGAAUGUGUUUUAUGAAUAAUUACUUUAUCUCUUUUAGUAUUCAUAGACUUUGCAUGACAUGGUACACUCUAAUUGUACAUUCUUUGAUUUUUAAAUCUUAAGAUGCUCUGUUAACGGAUUGGUAAUCAAAAAAGUUUUCUUCCCUCAUUUUGGGAGGUAAGUUAUGGGAAGGUUAAUACUGUUUCUCAGUUCUCUGAAUGUAGCAAAGCUCUUUUGAACAGCACAACCUAACUUUAUAGCUAGACAGAAUGACUAUUAUAUAGAAAAUACAAAUUUAUCAAAUUCUUUUGUGGGAAAUUAUAAAUCUAUUGAUUAUUGUAUGUACUUAAUUUUGGACUUAUAGAAAAAAAUUGUUCAAAUUGGAUUCUUUUAAGUUACUUUAAUUAACUUAGACUCGAGAUCUACUAAGCUAGUGAAAGCUGAGACAGAAUUUAAUCAAAAUAGGAAAAUCUUGAGAUCAUUUCCCCCUUUUACAAGCAGAUAUUAGGUCACUGGGGAGUAGCUUAACAGUAGAGCACUUGCCUUACAUGUGUGAGUCUUUGGCACUGCAAAAAACCACAACAAAUGUUAUGACAAGCGUUAUAAUCUCAAAUAAUCCUCAAGAAUAAAAAUUUUAAAUCCCUGAUUUUUGUAGGAGUCCCAGUGAUUUAUAAGUGUGAGAAAAGCUAUCUUUUGCUUGAUUUCUGAUGGAACAGUCUAACUCCAUUCAAAUGAUUAGAAAAAUUUAUUAGAAAGUUAAUAUGCAUACGUUUUUCAAAGGCUCUCAAUUAUCUGGACUGAAGGCAUUGUUUUCACUGUGGUCAGAUGAAUGGGAGUAUUCUGUAUAUGACUCAUGUUAUAUUUUUAAAAAUCAGGACAUCACUUAGGCAUUAUGUGUACAGAUUUUUGUUUGGGAUUUUUUUUUUGCCUAAAUAAAUGUUAUAAAUUUUA